GUCGUUUCGUUGUUUACAAACGCUUUUUAUUCUUCUUAUUUAUUUUCUGUUUAUAAUCUACACCAUAAACAAAGGAACAGAUAAUGAUGCCACUUACAGAGUAUUUAUUGUAUUCACUGGGUAUGAUGGCCACAUCAUUGACUGCUGCUUCAGUUCUUAUUUACAUGAAAAGACCUGAAAUGUUUGUACAGGGAUAUAUGAAGUUGGCAGUUUUAGUCAGUGGAAUGAGAAUUAAGAAGGUCAACAUUAGAGAUAUGACAAUAGCAUAUGGUGAAAGGGGAGAGAAGAAGAAAGGGCAGUCAAGCAUUUUACUGCUACACGGAUUCUCCGCGGAUAAAUUUAUGUGGUCUCCUGUUGUAGGGAAGUUACCAAAUGACUUACAUGUAGUAGCUAUGGAUCUACCUGGACAUGGAGACAGUGAUGUUCCUCCUGACGAUGAAAAUCUGUCAUUUUAUUCACAGAUAGAAAGAAUAAAACAGUUUGUAGUGGCCAUUGGUCUUGACAGUGAUCCAAUCCAUAUAGUUGGACUGUCCAUGGGUGGUGCAUUAGCUGGUGUAUUUUCUGCUGAGUAUCCUCAAAUGGUGGACAGAGUAACCAUGAUGUGUCCUGCAAUGAGGACACCCAUUGAAACAGAUGUAGCAGUAAAAAUCCGAGAGAUUGUGCAAUCCAUUCUUGACACUGGAAAAGAUGAUGCUUUACAUGCCUGCCCGUUAAUACCUAAAACUCCAGAUGAAAUGCAGUUAUUAUUAGAUUUUGCACAAUUCCAUAAACCUAUAUUCAUGACAAAACAGAUUAUACAAGGGGCAGUAGAUAUGAGAAGACCAUACAACAAAUAUUAUUACAGAUUAUUUAAAGCCUUAGCAAUGUUAGAAAACAGCCAGUUAUUAGAAAAGAUUGCUGACAACAUUACAGUUCCAACACAUCUUGUCUGGGGAGAAGAUGAUCAGGUAAUACAUGUAUCAGGAGCAGAGGUAUUAAAAGGAAAACUUCCAAAUCUACAACAGGUUGACAUUAUACCAAGAUGUGGUCAUGCUAUAAACCUUGACAGACCUGGUGCUAAAACUAAAAGUCUUCUGAAGUUCAGGAAGAAACAGAUAAGAGUCCAGUUAUGAUGAAGAGAAAGUUUUUUAUAUAACCAAUUCUGUGAUAGAAAAAUGUUCAAAGUAUUUUAUAUUUUUAUAGACUGGUCAUUUUGAAUUAAGCUUUAUAGGUGUUCAAGUGUUUGUAUUUCUAAAUGUGUUCAGAUAACAAAUACAACCUUAGGUGUUUGAACAUAUUUUCAUGUUUCUCCUUUCCAUAGGUUGUAUAACUCAUGGCAUGGCUCCAAGUAACAAAAAAAAAAUGUCAAAAUACAAAUGGAGGCUUCAACUAUCAUUAGGUCUUGACAUAUGGUAAAGAAUUAACUUGAAAAUUAGAUAAAUGUUAUUUUUAUUUUCUUCUGAGGAGAAUUUUUUUAAUAUAAUUAUUCUUUUUUACUCAUUUGAAUAAAACCAGACAAUUUUAAAACCUUUCAUACAUUUGAAAUUUUUAAUUUGAUUGCAUUGUCAGAACCAAGAUUUUAUAUCCUGAAACAAGAGUUCAUCUUAACCUGGUUUAUUGUUUCAAUAUGGUUCAGAUUAUACAGUAUUCCUUGUAAAGAUGAAAAAGAUAAUUAACCAUUUUCCUGAUUUCAGAAUCUAAAGGAUUAUGGAUCAUUUCAUUGUCUGUACCCAAAAUGAAAAUUACGUCACAUCAUUGGUUGAAUUCCCAUUGUUCAGGAUGUUGUAACUUGUAAGCCAAUUGCAACUUUCUGGUGUACUCCUUACAAAAUAUUACCCAGAAUUCAUUAGAUUCUGAAUCUUCAAAUUGUAAAUAGGGUUCAGUAAGAAUUCCCAUCUAUGCUUUAAUCAAAGUUUUGUAAUUUUUUUAUUUUUGACUAUGCAUUCAUUCAUGAAUGCAUGAGAACCAAGAACCAUUUUAUUCUUCCAAAAAAUCCAAAUGAUAUUUUUAACAGUAAGUAGACAAAGCAUAAGUUUAUAUUCAAAUUAAAAAUACAUAUGUGCCAGCAGUUUUUAUUAAUAAUACCACAAAAUUGUAAUCUACAGGAUUUCAGUAUAAAUAUAUUCUAGUCAGUUAUGAUACUGUAUUUAUUUUUUUAUGAAUAUUUGUGUAAUGUGCAACACUAAAGUUAAAGUGGAUUUUUUUAGCUUUCACCUGUUUUUUUACAGUCCACUAUGUAUAUGAGUGUAAAUAUCACAAGCGUCAUGUUACAUGGGGAAGAUGAUAUUAACAAAUUAAUGACUUUUUGUAGUACAAAGCAUAUUAUGAUAUCAUCAUUUUCAAUUGGUCAUGGUCUAUUGAUUAUUUUAAAAUAAAAUAAAUCACCAUGCAGAACAGAAAUCAUAUAAAAAUCAACAAAAGAAGCAAAUUUCUAUUUAAUCAAAUUCAUCUUCUUUAAUAAGUUGAAGCCAAUCAAAAUGAGCAAAUAUAUUUUAUAGGUUUUAAAAAUGUAAGUUAUUGUGAAUUUUAAUACUUAAUUUUUGUAACUUUUAAUUUGGUAUUUUUAUAUUUUUAUUGGAAAAAUGGUUUUUGAAAAAGAUGAUUAUAGUCAUUAGAAGGCAGUAUAUGAAUGAAUGGAUUCUUACACAACAUUUCAAAUAACAGACACUUCUGUACUUGAAUAUAGGGUUUCAAUCAGUAAUUGUUGAUCCAAAAUGGCAUUUAAACAACUUGGUACCCAAUAACAGCACUCUGGUAGUUGUGUUCAUAGAAGCAGUUUUAAAAUUUCUCAAUCAGUUAAUUAUGUUCUGUUCAGUAUUGUUAAAGCAAUCAACAAUCAUUAUGUAAACUUGAUUGUCUCCUGUUAAUUCUCAGUUACCCAGUUCAAAAAAAAAGACUGAAUGAUAGGAAUUUAAUUUACAGCUGUUUGCCUAUAUAAAGUAAAUUUUCUGACAGAGGUCAAUGCGAAACAUAUUGUCCUAUUUAUCUCUGACAUGUGAGUACAGAUAUUUGAAAGGAACAAUCAUUUUCACAUCUCUUUUUUUAUCAAUAGUCCCAGGGUUAUGUGUUUUAUCAUGUAAUUCUUUUACUUUCAUGAAAAUCAUAGUGCAUAUAGUAUUCAGCAUGGUAGAAGUAUGGAAGUCAUGAUGAUAUUGUUGUUCCUGAACUAAUCAUGAAUUUCUAAUUUAAAUUUAGAUUUAAAGUUGUUGGAGGCAACACUUAAGUUUUAUUUUAUCAUUCUUUAUUUGUAGAUAUAUAAAAACGGUUUUAGUGGCCAUUUUAUCAUUCAAUUGAACUUCUCAUUUUGCAUAUUAAGGAAAUCAACAUAAUUAUGUUGUCCGAGGCUUUUCUGAAUCAUCUGUUUGAUACGUUCCAAAAAUCCAUGACGACAAUUGAAACAUUAACAUAACCAUUUUGAAUUUAAAGAAAAAGAAGAUGAAAAUUGAAAGUUUGAAGUAAGGGAUAGUUCAUUUAAUGUUUUACCCAACCAUGACGGACAGUUUCCGUGUUAACCACUAAUAGUAAAAAGGAAACUCAUAAAUGUAAUGCAAAAGAAGGAAAUGAUAUAUGAAAUCAUAUUGAAGGAUUAAUCUGAUUUCGAUGGAAGCUAGAUAUGAAAAAAAAUUCAGAUUGACAUCCUGGAUGUGUUAUUUCCCAGAUGGAAGUCUUUAAAAUAGCUUUAGUUUAAUUGUUAUUCAUAAAUUUAAUGUGUUGUAUUUUUAAAGAUUGUAAGAUUGUCAGAGAGAGGUUUCAUUGAACAUGUUUUUGCCAAGAUGUUUGUUUUUAUCCAAAGUCCAAUGGAAUAUCAAAAGAUAUAUGUAAUAUUUUUUAUAGCACAAUUCUAAUAUGAAGUUCUUCUUUCGCUUUGGAAACAAAGCCAUGUUCUAAUUCCAAUAAAACAUGGGCUGCACAUGAUUGACGUCACAAUUGAAAUUACAAUGUCAGCUGUGUUUUGAACAACGCCAGGAAUCAAAAUGGACAUUUGUAUUGGUGUAGCUCGCUAGGAAAUUAAAAAUCAUUCUAAAAGUAAGUUUACAUGUAUCUGUUCAUUUGUUUAUCGUGAAAUUGUUGAUUUUCUAUAACGUUUUGGCUUCAUCAAAUCAAAAUGGAUGCCUUUGAACGUGUAUUAUAGGUAGGCUUCGAAGUACAAAAGUUCUAAAUUUUCCUAUAAGAAUCGAAAUAAUUCUAUCAUGCCAUGUUCUAUGCUCAUUUUAACAUGGGUAGGCAUUAUAUUUGUCAACAUUUUACACCUGGCUUAUGCUCGGUACAUGUAUAAAAUAUUGACAAAUAUAAUUUUUUCCCUCUUUUGUUAAUCUUCCCUAACACCUUCAUCCAAGGGCAGUAUGUUUAAGGAGUUAUUGCCC